UCACGCAAGCCUUUCAAUCGUCUCGAGACACCAACCGUGGAGGAACAUUCAACGUGUGUAGCAGUGUGUCGUUCGUUCAAAAUGAAGACGGUUUUGCUUGUUUUGGUGUUUGCAGGAUUCGUCGUCUAUAACAAAGGAUCGAGAGAGCAAGAUGAUACAGAGGACGUUCGAUUAAAUAAAGAUUUAAAUCCAGAAAGCUCAGGAGAAAAAAGAACUACACCAUAUUCUUAUGACGCUGCCAAGCCCCUCAUGACCCAACUGGAGAGUUCUGUCCAAAGAUUCUAUGGUGAUGCAGCAAGACGAGCGAAAAAGAUGUAUUUAAAGCUGACCAAAGACUGGGAGAAUCAACCCCUAAGGGAACGCACUGAAAGAACUGUAGCACUGAAAGCGGUGGCCGAAAACAUCGACUUUAUAAGUGACGCGUACCAAGGUACCACGCCUGCCAUACUUGCUGUUCUAAAUCUGUUGGACACGUUAAAACAAUUGACAUCAUCGGAUGGCCACAUCGUUAGCUUACUAGCUAUGUUCAUUUCGAGUUUUAUGAAUCUAUUGGGCGAGACUCGUUCUCCUUUUUCUAUAAAAAAUAUUGUAACUACAGAGAUUAAAAAAGUAACGAUGAAGUACAGGGAAGACGACAUCCAGAUGAGCAACAUUAAGGAAAGCGGCGAAACGUAUUUACAUUUUAAAACAAUUCUCAACAGGGCAGGGAAAGAUAAUGACAAAAUUAGUGUACAUGAUGCCAACAGCACACAUACGUCUAUUAGGAAUAUAUUCGUGCAUGGAUUUCCAGUUAUCGAUAAACUGCGAAAUAAGAUGAUACAUUUGAUUGAUGGUAAUAAGCCGUCAGACGCAAAGAAGUUUAUGGCGUACUUUGAGUUAUAUACCAAACUCGAAACCGUUAGGCAGAUGCUUCUCAUCCAUACGCUUUCCUUGGUUCCUGAACAGAGCAGUGCAAUUGCGUUUAUUCUAUCGACACUUGACUUUUUGAAGACGAAAAUGUCUCUGCCUUUUUUUAACGUUAUCCGCAAUCAUACAAUUGGAAGUAAAUUCAUGGCAUACUACGAUGGCCAGGUUUACAAAGUAUCAAAUGCCUACAUGGCCAUCCAGCUUGAUUCACCGAUGCCAUACGAUGAUAGUUAUCCUGGAUUGAGGUGCAUUGCAAUGAUCGCACCUCAUCCUGUCCCUUGGAAAUGGUUUAAGUUACCAGGGAUGAAACAUCCUUAUUUCGCAAGGGGAGGCUUGUCUGAUUGCAAGUGGAGAAUCGUCUACCACGGACAAGAUCUUUUCAGCAUUAUGAACAAGUUUGAUUGUCCAAAUGGGGAUUGGUGCGACUCCCUGUUGUCUUUCGAUGGCGGAGAUCCUCCCAUAGUUACCGUCGAGCCCAAUGAUCCAGUGCUUUGGGAACUCAAGUACAACAUUCAACUACAGGCUUACGCAAUAAAGCCAAAACGCUUCUGUGACAAUACGUGCGAGCGCUGCUCUGUGGCGUGGACCAAUUUGGAAGUCCAGGAAACAACAAAGAACUAUGUAGGGAGACUCGACUGUUCUGCACAACAGCUCAAGGUACCACAGUACUGGCAAAUCUACAAGGCACCUUCCUCCUUUGACAUGGCUUCUGAAAGUGGUUCAGCUUCCACAAACCAGUCACAAGAAAACCAAGAAGAUAACAGUGGCUCAGGUGAAAUUACUGAGUAUCCUGUACUGAGCUCCGAAGAGAAUAAUGGAGGCACCAACUUCAGUGAUGACAAUGACAAUGAAAUCCUAAUUGGUUCAAAACAAGAAAACAAUGAACAAAGUGACCAGGAUCCAACUGCUUCAUACUGUGAAGUAGAUUCUCUAUAUGAGAAUCAAGUGUCCCGAACACAUAAAAAUCAAAUAACUGAACUAGAAUGUGUUUGUGACGAGGUUUUGGCGCACACCAGACCAGACGUUUACUGCUUAGUUUACUAUAUGUAA